GCGAGGGGGAGAGCGAGCGAAGAGAGAAGCCGAACAGACAGAAGUAGCCAGCUUAGUUACGUUAAGUGAAUUUUGACACGACAGAUCGCGGCGUUUAAGACUGUCACUUUUUGCUCUCUGGAUCCGUCUCGUCCGCCUCCGAGAAUAGCACCUCGUCCUCGUCUUGAAAACUCAGAAAAACACGUUCGCAUCAGCUGGCAUGAGCUAACCCACCAGACAUGGAGACCAAACCUUUCUUGUCACUGGGGUUCCUGAAGCCCCAGUGCUCGCUAGCAUCUUCGCCCUCCCAACGAGGAAGAUCGGGGGAAGCCUGUUCCUGUUUCAGUGGCAUGUGCCCACUUCACCAGCGCCGGCUAUCCACAGAGUCCUCGGGCCAGGUGCCCAACUCACCCCUCGGCUCGCCCACGUCCCACCGGGGGAUGCACCCGUCCCUGCUCAGCCCGUCCUCCAUGGGCAUGUCCGGCCCCCUGCACUCGCCCAUCAGCACCCUCAGCUCGCCCAUCAACGGCCUGGGCUCGCCCUUCUCUGUCAUCAGCUCGCCCAUGGGGCCCCACUCCAUGUCGGUGCCCUCGCCCGGGAUGGGCUAUGGCCCCAGCAUCAGCCCGCAGCUAAACUCCCCCAUGAAUUCGGUCAGCAGCUCAGAGGACAUCAAGCCCCCGCUGGGUCUGAACGGGGUGAUGAAGGCUCCAGCCCAGCCCUCGGGCGCCCCGCUCUCUCUCACCAAGCACAUCUGUGCCAUCUGUGGGGACCGCUCCUCAGGUAAACACUAUGGAGUGUACAGUUGCGAGGGAUGCAAGGGCUUCUUCAAAAGGACCGUGAGGAAGGACCUGACCUACACCUGCCGCGAUAACAAGGACUGUGUCAUCGACAAGCGGCAGCGGAACCGCUGCCAGUACUGCCGCUACCAGAAGUGCCUGGCCAUGGGCAUGAAGAGAGAAGAACCGAUGUUGUUAAGUGCAGCGGUGCAGGAGGAGCGUCAGCGGGCGAAGGACCGGAACGAGAACGAGGUGGAGUCCACCAGCAGCGCCAACGAGGACAUGCCGGUGGAGAAGAUCCUGGAGGCCGAGCUGGCCGUGGAGCCCAAGACGGAGACCUACAUCGAGACCAACCUGGGCAUGCCCUCCAGCUCGCCCAACGACCCGGUCACCAACAUCUGCCAGGCGGCCGACAAGCAGCUCUUCACCCUGGUGGAGUGGGCCAAGAGGAUCCCGCACUUCUCCGAGCUGCCGUUGGAUGACCAGGUCAUCCUGCUGCGAGCAGGGUGGAACGAGUUGCUCAUCGCCUCCUUCUCGCACCGCUCAAUAGCAGUGAAGGACGGGAUCCUCCUCGCCACGGGGCUCCACGUCCACCGUAACAGCGCCCACAGUGCUGGGGUGGGGGCCAUCUUCGACAGAGUGCUGACAGAGCUGGUGUCUAAGAUGCGAGAUAUGCAGAUGGACAAGACAGAGCUGGGCUGCCUUCGAGCCAUCGUCCUCUUCAACCCAGACUCCAAAGGCCUGUCAAACCCAGGGGAGGUGGAGGCUCUGAGGGAGAAGGUGUACGCCUCUCUGGAGGCCUACUGCAAACAGAAGUACCCAGACCAGCCUGGAAGGUUUGCCAAACUGUUACUGCGGCUCCCAGCCCUGCGCUCCAUCGGCCUCAAGUGUCUGGAACACCUGUUCUUCUUCAAGCUAAUAGGAGACACGCCCAUCGACACCUUCCUCAUGGAAAUGCUGGAAGCGCCGCACCAAAUGACAUAAUGGGGGAGGGCCCACAGUCCGCCCCCCGCUCCUUUCCGAGAGGGCGGGAGAGCUACCCCCCCCCCCUCCUCCACACAGACUGAUGACAUCAUCUGAAUGACAAUGACACGGAAAG